CUGUGUUCAGUGUGAGGAGAGUCUUUGUAACACAAUUUUGCACAAACCCAACAGAUAAAAUGGAACUUUGUAAGAAGACUUUUCAUGUGAAGAAGAGGGACUGUGCAGAACUGCAAUGCUGUGUUUGCAAACAAAAUUACAGCGAUUGGGUAAUCCCAAGGAGUUUGCCAUGCGGUCAUUCAGUUUGUUCAGUAUGCAUAAGCCAGAUAGUACUCCACAGAAAGAGCUGUCCUGAAUGCAGAACCCCAUUCCAAGAGGACACUGCUCAGGACCUGCCAGUUAACCAUUCCAUUCAGAGAUUGUCUCGCGUGCUAAACUUUAAAGGACCCGAUCAUGAUGGAAACCUACAACUGGAAUUUCCAAUUACGUUUCAGCAUUCCAGAAAGCAAGAGAAUGCUGGCAAGUGCCCAAAUCACGGACUCUGUAUGUUCUUCAUGUGUUUGCGUUGUCUCGUUCCGGUGUGUCGGAACUGUCUCGUACAAGACCAUUUAGAUUUUCCGUUUGGUCAGUGUUUCAUAAAGCCUCUUGUGGUUGCCAUUGAAGAUAUUCUGAUUUCUUGGACUCGAGUAACAGAAAGAUAUAUAGAAGAAGCUCAGUUAAAGCAUGAUGAAUUACUUUAUAUCCAAAAUAUAUUAAAAAUGAUUGAAAAAAUUCAAGAAACCCUGGAUUUAUAUGCCACUCGCAUAAAACAAGUCAGAGUCCUAAAUGGAGAUGUCGUUGGUGAAAUAAACACCUGGAAAUCUAUUCUGGAUGCUCUAAGAACAUGUCAUAGAAACCUGAAAAAUUGUUCGUCUUCUGAAGAGAUCAAGUCUUUAUUGUUGCGUGUAGCUACUGUUCACGCAGACCACAUGAGCCUGAAGGAAGAAGGAAAGCAAGAAUUGAUGUUAAACUCCUUGAAAAGUCUCACUGAAAUUAUGGAUUUGACGAAGCUGUUAGACACCGGGAGGCCGAUCUACGCAGUAAAUGGAGGCACUGACGGUCACGCCAGAUGGGCUUUUGUUACCCGUAAACACCAACGCGUCCUUCUGUACUCUUUGAAAGACGGACAACACCCUCAAGACGGAUUUUGUAUACCGUACGAUCUGGUGCGGGAAAAGAUUCCAUUAGAUAGUCCUCAUGUUUUUUUCGAGAUAUCUUUCGAUGGAGAAGACAGAGGUCAUGUUUAUGUCCGCAUGUUUGGAGAUACUCCGCGUAGUCGCCAGACUGUCCUCCUAUGUUCAGGAGAAAUGGGACCUUCAUACAAAAAUACUUGCUUUUACAAGGCAGCUCACUACAGGAAUGGCUGUUACCUCAUCAGUGGAGGUGACUAUGAAAACAAUGAUGGCUCUGGAGGUCAUGCUAUAGUGGAUGGCAUCAUCAGUGGUGAGCCUUAUUUACAUGAGGUCAUAGCUGGAUUGUUUGUCAGUUGGCCCUCCCAUGAAUAUUGGCAUUUGGGCAGUUUUGAUAUCUAUCUCAAUGAUACCCCUGGUAUAUACGACCAUUCAGCUCACGGUGCUGUUGAGGAGGGGUUGGAAAUAUUGAAGGAAGCAGCACUCGUCACGCCAGUUACUCGGACAUGUGUCUCGGACUGUGGCUUGGUUGUACCAAUAAAAUAAAAUGUAAAGCAGAAACCCUAGACUAGCCAACUUUCACAUCUGUAAUAGUUUCAUGAAAUAUCACAAAUACUUGGUAAUUUGUAUUUUUCCUAGCUACACUUAGCUCGAACUA